AUGGCAGCCGCUCCUACUGCGCAGCCGCCGCUGCGAAUCGGCACCCGAAGGUCUAACCUGGCCAUGGUCCAGGCCGAGGGCAUCCGUGACAGUCUGCAAAAGAUUGCGCCCGACCGCACCUUUGAGAUCGAGGCUCUGAAGACACUGGGCGACAAGGACAAGUCUACGGCGCUGUAUAGCUUUGGGGCUAAGAACUUGUGGACAACUGAGCUGGAGGAGAAACUUACUUCUGGCGAGAUCGACGUCGUUGUCCAUUGUCUCAAAGAUAUGCCAACCAAGCUGCCCGACACUUGCGAUCUGACAGCCAUCCCCCUACGGGAUGAUCCCCGUGAUGCCCUCAUCGUCAAGGCCAGCCUGCCAUACAACAGCCUGAAGACACUACCCGAGGGUGCUGUAGUUGGCACAUCAUCGGUGCGACGAUCAGCACAACUUCGACGCCUCUACCCUCACUUGCGCUUUGCCAACCUACGCGGCAACGUCGAAACUCGCCUGGCCAAGGUGGACGACCCCGAGAGUGAGUAUACCUGCAUGAUCAUGUCUGCAUGCGGCCUGCAGCGAGUUGGUCUCGGACAUCGCAUCACUCAGUAUCUGGGCUCCAAGGACGGGGGGAUUUACCACGCAGUCGGCCAGGGAGCUCUCGGACUAGAGAUUCGCAAGGGAGACACUAAAAUUCUAGAACUUAUCAACCGAUUGGUCGAUCAAAAGUCCACUCUGGCAUGUCUUGCGGAGCGUGCCCUCCUACGCACCCUUGAAGGCGGCUGCACCGUUCCCAUUGGCGUCGAGACGGAGUGGGUUGACGAGUCGCAACUUCUCCUAAGGAUGAGAGCGAUCGUUGUCAGUCUUGACGGUUCCCAGAGCGUUCAAGACACGAUGGAUGCAACGGUGCAGAAUGACGAUGAGGCCACGGCAUUGGGGCGGGAUCUGGCUGCGAGACUGGCGAAAGGAGGUGCAAGUGAAAUCCUCAAAGAGAUUAACGCCAAUCGACCACCCAAGGACUAA